AUGUCGUGCUCAUCGCGUGACCUUGGACUUCACUUCACUUCAAUUAGACUGUCUCGCGACGUUAGGAUGUACAGUAAUCAUGGAAGCUGUAGUUUUUGUCAUAGGCAGGAUUCUUCGACGCUCUUUUCCAGUGUACGUGCACCACUUGGGCCUAUAGCUUCAAAAUGUAAUACUUUAUUGUGGCGAUGUUCCCUAAUGCCGGCUGGAGGGUGUGAGGCCCCACUUGUGAAAAUGGCUGUUGUUUCUUUGUCAAGGUCAUAUAAUGCUAUAGCAGGAAAAUCAAGCGUCAUUCAAUUCAUCCCUGCCCUUGGUAUUAUUGGCUUUGCUGUUUUUGGUCUCGAGCCACUUGUGCGCCUGAGCAGGAAUCUGUUUCUCCAAGAAAGGACUGAUAGAAGUUGGAAGAAAAGUAGUUUACAUUAUAUUUUGACAUCUUAUUUUCAACCUUUGCUAUUGUGGACUGGCGUGAUGCUAAUCUGCAGGGAUGUAGAUCCACUAGUCCUACCAUCAAAAACUAGUCAGGCUAUGAAGCAACGCCUGCUGAGUUUUGUAAGAUCUUUGUCAACCGUGCUUACAUUUGCUUACUGUUUUUCAAGCUUAAUUCAACAAGCACAAAAGUUUUGUGCGGAGGCAAAUGACUCCAGUGAUGAAAGAAAUAUGAGUAUUGAUUUUACUGGGAAAGCUGUAUAUACUGCAAUUUGGGUCGCUGCUGUGUCAUUGUUCAUGGAGUUGCUGGGUAUCUCCACUCAGAAGUGGUUGACUGCUGGUGGUUUGGGCACAGUAUUGAUUUCCCUUGCAGGUCGGGAGAUAUUUACAAACUUCCUUUCAAGUAUAAUGAUUCAUGCAACGCGACCGUUUGUUGUGAAUGAGCGGAUUCAAACAAAAAUUAAAGGAUAUGAGGUUACUGGUAAAGUUGAGCAUGUAGGCUGGUGGUCACCAACAAUAAUUAGAGGUUCUGAUUGUGAAGCAGUUCAUAUUCCUAAUCACAAUUUGAGUAUAAAUGUUGUGAGGAAUCUUAGUAAGAAAUCUCAUUGGCGUAUCAAGACUCACCUUGCCAUCAGUCACUUGGAUGUUAACAAGAUUAAUAGUAUAAUAGCUGAUAUGCGCAAGGUUUUGGCCAAACAUCCUCAAGUAGAGCAGAGAAAAUUGCACAGAAGGGUUUUUCUAGAGAAUAUUGAUCCAGAAAAUCAGGCUCUUAUGAUAUUAGUAUCCUGCUUUGUUAAAACUUCUCGUUCUGAAGAGUACCUCCGUGUAAAGGAGGCAAUCCUCUUGGAUCUUCUAAGAGUUAUCAGUCAUCAUCGAGCUCGGCUAGCCACACCUAUCCGCACAGUUCAGAAGAUGUGCAAUGAUACUGAUUUAGAUAUUGAUCCAUUUGAUGACACCAUUUCCUCUCGUUCCAGAUCAAAGAAAAACCGUCCUUUCCCACUGAUAGAUCCACCUUAUAAAGUUAAGUCUUCAAGUCAUUUAACUGUUACAAAUGAGGACAGAGAUGGCAAGAUGGAUGAAACCUUGCCAUCUGACUUCAAAGUAGACUCUGACGAAUUUGUUGUGACAUCGACUUCGGUCCAGAAGAUCUCCAAAUCCCAAACGCCCAAAAAGGAAAGAGCAGGAAGCACAGGAGAGGAAACAACAUCCAAAAUUUUGUCAACUUCUGAUGGGUUUGGUUCUGGAGAAACUACUUCACCAGCAAAGCUAGAUGGUGAGAAACCUGUUGUGUCCUCGUCAUCAUCAUCAGUUAGUAGUUCUUUAGAAGAGAAUAUUAUUCUUGAUGCUGCUCUGUUGGGCUCAAAGAGAACUCUUGCAAUUGAUGAAGAAUUGGUUCAUAUCCCUGCAGAGUCAGAAGAAGUUGCAGUCCAUCAGAAGAAUGGCAGGGAGCCUCCUCUUAGCGAGGAUAAGAAGGAUGGUGAGAUGUCUUCAUUGCCUACUACUAAACAAAAGGAUUAA